AUGGUGAUGGGCCAGGGCCCCCUGUUGUUGGUCUUCAUGCUGGGUCUGGGUCUGACCCCGCCAACCCUGGCUCAGGAUGACUCCAGGUACAAACACUUCCUGACCCAGCACUAUGACGCCAAACCAAAGGGCCGGAAUGACAGAUACUGUGAAAGCAUGAUGGAGAGACGAGGCCUGACCACACCCUGCAAAGACACCAACACCUUUAUUCAUGGCAACAAGGGCAGCAUCAAGGCCAUCUGUGGAAAUAAGAAUGGAAACCCUUACGGAGAAGCUUUAAGACUAAGCAAGUCUCCUUUCCAGAUCACCACCUGCAGGCACGUAGGAGGGUCUCCCCGGCCUCCCUGCCGGUACAGAGCUACACCAGGCUUCAGACACAUUGCUGUUGCCUGUGAAAAUGGCCUGCCUGUCCACUUUGAUGAGUCCUUUUUCCGUCCAUAA